AUGAAGAUGGAGCCCACCGUGGUGAACUGUGUGAUAACAGCUGUAGGGUUUCUUCUGUGGGCCAGUGGUGGCUCUGCUGCACCCAUGGAGUGCCACUUUAACUCCAGAGCUCUGUGUGUGUUCGAGGGGAAACACUACUCACUGGGGGAAACCUGGAUGGACAACGCUUGCAUGCAGUGCACCUGCCUGCACCCUGUCGGUGUUGGUUGCUGCGAGACGGUGCAUCGGCCGGUGGAUUUCCCUGCAUGGUGUGAGGUGCGUGUAGAACCAGUGACCUGCAAAUUGUUUCUGGUGCAGACGGCCGACCCUCGCCUGCCCUGCAUCCCAGGCGAAGCAAACAGCGACCCGAGCCAUGGAUCGCUUCAGCUGCAGCAACAGCUUGAGGGUUAG